GAGUUGAGUUAGAAUCACUUUCCAUAUAAAAAAAUAAAAUAAAAUAAAAAAGCUAUAGUCUAUUAAUUCCAAGAGCUAGAAGAUGUGACAUUACUUUCAACAACAAAAAAUUGUAUUGAAAGGCCAAAUAUAGAGUCCUAGAAAUCAAGUUUUUGUUGAUUUGAGUUAAUUUCUUUUUCUGCUUCUUGCUUUUCUUCAGCAUCCAAUGAAACUCAAAAAUAUCUUUCUAUUUUUUUUCUUUAUGUUUUUGGAGUGUGUUUUUUUCAAAGUUGAAUCAAAAUGUGUUAAAGGGUGUGAUUUAGCUUUAGCUUCUUACUACAUCAAGCCACCAUUUGAAUUCACAAAUAUAACAAACUUUAUGCAAUCAAAUUCUGAUAUCAUAAUCAGCUACAACAAACAAUUAGUAUCAAAUAAUGGUAAACUUUUUUCAUUUUCUAGAAUCAACAUUCCAUUCCAAUGUGAAUGUAUUCAAGGUGAAUUUCUAGGACAUAUGUUUGAAUACACAACAAAUGAAGGAGAUACUUAUGAUUUAAUUGCAAAUUCAUAUUAUGCAAGUUUGACCACAAUUGAUCUUUUGCAAAAGUUCAACAAAUAUGAUCAUAAUCAAACAUUGCCUUCUAAAGUUAAGGUUAAUGUCACUGUCAAUUGUUCUUGUGGGAAUAGUCAGAUUUCAAAAGAAUAUGGAUUGUUUCUUACAUAUCCACUUAGGUCUAGUGAUACUCUUCAGAUUAUUGCAAUUGAAUCUAAAGUUGAUGAAGUGUUGAUACAGAAUUAUAAUCCUAAUGUCAAUUUCAGCAGAGGCAGUGGGAUUGUGUUCAUUCCAGGAAGAGAUAAAAAUGGAGAUUAUGUUCCUUUGUAUCCUAGAACAGGUCUUGCUAAGGGUGCAGCCGUUGGUAUAUCGAUGGCCGGAAUAUUUGGAUUUCUGUUAUUUGUUAUAUGUAUUUAUGUCAAAUACUUUCAGAAGAAUGAAGAACAGAACACUAAACUGCUCGAAACUUCUAUCGCGCUUUCAACUCAAAGCGCAUCUGGUAGUGGAGAAUAUGAAACUUCAGGAUCCAGUGGACAUGGUACUAGUAGUGCUGCUGGACUUACAGGAAUUAUGGUGGCAAAGUCAACAGAAUUUUCAUAUCAAGAACUAGCCAAGGCUACAAAUAAUUUCAGCUUGGAUAAUAAAAUUGGUCAAGGUGGAUUUGGAGCUGUUUAUUAUGCAGAACUUAGAGGCGAAAAAACAGCAAUUAAGAAGAUGGAUGUACAAGCAUCAACAGAAUUUCUUUGUGAGUUGAAGGUCUUAACACAUGUUCAUCACUUGAAUUUGGUGCGGUUGAUUGGAUAUUGUGUUGAGGGAUCACUUUUCCUUGUAUAUGAACAUAUUGACAAUGGAAAUUUGGGUCAAUAUUUGCAUGGUAUAGGUACAGAACCAUUACCAUGGUCUAGUAGGGUUCAAAUUGCUCUAGAUUCAGCAAGAGGCCUUGAAUACAUUCAUGAACACACUGUGCCUGUGUAUAUUCAUCGUGAUGUAAAAUCAGCAAAUAUAUUGAUAGACAAAAAUUUGCGUGGAAAGGUUGCAGAUUUUGGAUUGACUAAACUUAUUGAAGUUGGAAACUCUACACUUCACACUCGUCUUGUUGGAACUUUUGGAUACAUGCCACCAGAAUAUGCUCAAUAUGGUGAUGUUUCUCCAAAAAUAGAUGUGUAUGCUUUUGGAGUUGUUAUUUAUGAACUUAUUUCUGCAAAGAAUGCUGUUUUGAAGACAGGUGAAUCAGUUGCUGAAUCAAAGGGUCUUGUAGCCUUGUUUGAAGAAGCACUUAAUAAGAGUGAUCCUUGUGAAGGUCUUCGCAAACUCGUGGAUCCUAGGCUUGGAGAAAACUAUCCAAUUGACUCUGUUCUCAAGAUGGCUCAACUUGGGAGAGCAUGUACAAGAGACAAUCCACUACUACGACCAAGUAUGAGAUCUAUAGUUGUUGCUCUUAUGACACUAUCAUCACCUACUGAGGAUUGUGAUGAUGACACUUCCUAUGAAAAUCAAACUCUCAUAAAUCUAUUGUCAGUCAGAUGAAGGCUCUCUCGUCUAAAUUGAAUGAUGGUUGUUAAAACUUUUAGAAGCAUACAACAAAAGUUUGUAUUUGUACAUGAAACAUUGCAGUUGGAGAGUUUUUCGUUGUGUUCAAUUUUUAUUUUCCCAAAACGAUAAAAAAAAAUUCAUAGAUCUUCCUGUAAUUAUUUUUAGUGAAGUUGUAAACAUUAAACUACUGUUUAUAUAUGUUUAUUUUUUUAA